AUGGGUAAAGGAAAGCCUCGUGGCCUCAAUGCCGCCCGUAAGCUCCGCACUCAUCGACGUGAGGGCCGCUGGGCCGAUCUCCACUACAAGAAGCGUCUCCUUGGUACGGCCUACAAAUCUUCACCCUUCGGUGGCUCCUCGCACGCAAAGGGUAUCGUGCUGGAAAAGGUCGGUGUGGAAGCCAAACAGCCGAACAGUGCCAUCAGGAAAUGUGUGAGGGUGCAGUUGAUCAAGAAUGGAAAGAAGGUUACCGCUUUCGUGCCGAACGACGGUUGUCUGAAUUUCGUGGAUGAGAACGACGAGGUGCUGCUCUCCGGAUUCGGUCGGAAAGGCAAGGCUAAGGGUGAUAUUCCUGGUGUGCGAUUCAAGGUUGUAAAGGUGUCCGGGGUGGGUCUGUCAGCACUGUGGAAGGAGAAGAAGGAGAAGCCCAGAUCAUAA